AAAUCAGUCCAAAAUCCAUUCCAAAUAGACGUUCACCUUAUACUAUUUGCUUUCUUCUCUUCGUCUUCAAAAAACGAAAAACCCUAACAGGCCACCGUGAAUUAUCCAUUAUAAGCGUUCACUUCCUGCUGCCGUAGUUGCAGAGAGUGCUACGAAUAAGAGAUGUCGUCGACGCUACUAGAGGUAACACGUGCGACGCACGAGGAGGUGGAGAUGCUAGAGAGACUGAUAGUAAAGGAUCUGCAGAAUGAACCGGCGACAAAUAAGGACCGCCUCUUCCAAAGCCACCGCGUUCGGAAUAUGAUCGACGAUAUCAUUUCCAAGACUCAUAAACUCGUUGAGGUAUAUGACGAUAAAGAUAAUGCUAGGAAAGAUGAAAUUGCUGCUCUCGGUGGACAAACAGCUACGGGAACUAAUGUGUUUAGUGCAUUUUAUGAUAGAUUGAAAGAGAUACGCGAGUAUCAUAGAAGGAAUCCGGCUGCACGCGGUCUUGUUGAUACAAAUGAGGAUUACGAGGCUGCUCUUAAAGAGGAGCCUGUUAUUCACUUCACUGGCGAGGAAGCUUUUGGGAAAUAUCUCGACAUGCAUGAGUUGUACAACCAGUACAUCAAUUCUAAAUUUGGAGAGCCUAUUGAAUAUUCUGCUUACCUUGAUAUUUUCCCCGAACCGCAUAAUAUUCCUAUUAAGCUUAAGUUCAAUAGGCAAUACAGGGAGUAUAUGGAGAACCUACUUCAAUAUCUAAUAUAUUGUUUUGAGAGAACAGAGCCCUUGCAAGAUCUUGAUAGGAUUUUGUCAAAGGUGGCAGAUGAAUUUGACAAUGAGUGGGAAAAUGGCAAAGUUCUAGGAUGGGAAAAGAAUGCUCAAGAAAAUGGAGCUCAACAUACUGUGAUUGACCUCGAUUUUUACAGUACAGUUGAAGAAUUAAUUGAUGUGGGUCCUGAAAAGUUAAAGGAGGCAUUGUCUGCAUUAGGAUUAAAGACUGGCGGUACUCUUCAGCAGCGUGCAGAGAGACUUUUCCUCACAAAGGACACACCUCUUGAGAAGUUAGAUAAGAAACAUUUUGUGAAAGGUUCACGUGGGACAGAACAGAAUGGUGGUGCAGCUUCCUUGAGAGAAGUUUAUAAUUCUAAAGAAAUUGCUCUGCUGGAGGUCAAAAUAAGAAAGCUGUGUGAUUUGUUGGAUGAGACAAUUGUACGAACAAAAGAAAAUGUCAUCAAGAAGCAAGCUUUGACAUAUGAUGAAAUGGAAACUGAACGGGAGGAGGAAGAGACACAAGCCGACACAGAAAGUGAUGAUGAAGAUCAACAGAUAUAUAAUCCUCUCAAGUUACCAAUGGGUUGGGAUGGAAAGCCUAUACCUUAUUGGCUGUAUAAACUUCAUGGUCUUGGUCAGGAAUUCAAGUGUGAGAUAUGCGGUAAUUACAGUUACUGGGGGCGUAGGGCUUUUGAGCGACAUUUCAAGGAGUGGAGGCAUCAACAUGGAAUGCGAUGUCUUGGCAUUCCAAACACCAAGAACUUCAAUGAGAUCACGUCAAUUGAGGAAGCAAAAGAUUUAUGGAAAAAAAUCCAAGAGCGACAAGGAGUGAACAAGUGGCGUCCUGAUCUUGAAGAGGAAUAUGAAGAUAGAGAAGGAAAUAUCUAUAACAAAAAGACAUACACCGAUCUGCAGCGUCAGGGAUUGAUCUAAGUAAAAUACGCUGGCGGGUUAAAUUUUGCACUUGGCUGAUGAUUUCCGGAGAGUAACCUUAAUCGGUAGGCAUGAGCUAAUUAAAGUAACAUCAUCAGACCAUCUGAGCCGUCUAUGGAAUUCUAUAUGUUGUGCUAUAGCAGACUUGUAAAUUUCUCCGAUUGAUAGCUUUGUAGCAAUCCGAGAAAGGCACGGUUAUGCACGAGCUAGGAACGCGUUUGGCUCUACUUUAUAUGUGCUCGUAUUGCUUGAGGUCGGGUGCCACUUGGAAAAUCAAAACAAGUUGUUUAAAGUGUAAUUUGAUUUUUUUUUUUAAAAUAAUAUAUCCUAGUGAACCUUUCUUA